ACGCGUUUGGUCUCUCUUCGACAAGGGUUCAUUAUGGAAGGGUCAACACUUCUGCGUUUCUUUGAUUUUGUCAAAGACUUUGAGUUUGAUUAUUUAAAUAUUCCACCAGAAAAAGCGUGGGAAGAUCUAGAAAGUGCAUAUGUUCUUUAUCUUAAUACAGUAGAACAGACAGUCUCGGACGAAACGCGUGAGCUUAUAAAAAGUAUUCAGCAAAAAUGGACCUCGAUAAAAAAUCGCACUCGGAAUAACUUCAUCAAUACUUAUUUACAAUUGCGCGAAAAACUUGCUGAACGAAAAGUGCAAACGAUUUCUCAUGAUGCUGCAUGUCGUAUUAUAUCUGCUAAUGUGGUGAAGGUGGAGAAAAAUGUUAGUUUACGGACAAAAACUGUUGUAAAUUAUAAUCAUGAUAGCUCUCAAAAUUCCUUUGAUAUUUCAGGGACCUCAAUACAAAUGAAGGACAACACUGGGGCUGCCAGCAAAGAAAAAGGUUCAAAAAGGAAGAGAAAAGAAGACAACCAAUCGGAUGAUCCGUCAAAAUAUCCUGAAAACCUAGAACAACAGAAUACGCUACCGGAAGAGGGUUCACACGAAAUCGAUACCAAGGAUGACGGCAAUAUAAAUGAUAACGAUGUAAUAGAUGAUGAAGAAUUGCUUGAAAAUACUGGAAUUCUAUUUAACGAAUCCAAUGAGGAGUCAAUAAUCGAAAAGGUUGAUGAAGAUUCACUAGUGGAUGAGGUUCAAUUGCCAUCAGGAAAUAUUAAUGAUAGAACGCCAGAGGAGGUCCUUAAUACAAAUAUAAUCGAAUCAUUUAAUAAAUACCAAAAAAAAAUACCAAAAACUCGCAGGAUCUUAACCCCUGCGUAUUGGGGAAUAUUGGAUUUAACAAAAGAAAGUUUAAAAAACUCCGGAAUAAAAAAUAAGGAUAUUGAAAAAUUAUCACGGGAUUUCUCUAAUAAAAUCGGAUGGAACAACGAUAUCAUUACCCCCAAUGAAGUUCAAAAGUAUUUCGACAAUAAUUGCGAAAAUGUUGAUAAAAAUAAAGCGAUUAAAAAGCUGGAUAUUAAUAUUCAGAAAGACAAGAUGCCGAAUCUCCAAAAGAUGUGUACAGAAGAAGAACUGACAAUGUGGACCACAGUUCCGUUGAUUUCUGGCAUUUUCACAUCAAAAAAUAUCAAAACUACAUGGUGUGAAAUCCAAGCUAUUCCGACAAACAAGAUGCGAAAAGAUCCUUUUUCGAGGGCAAGAGUUGGACAUAAAAUCGAUAUGAAGGGCACCUUGGUCAAAACACCAAGUAAAUUCGAAGUAAUUUACGGCAAAGUUUCUGGAGGGCUUGGUCCUUUCGGAGAAUCCGCCGCUUGCAAGAAAAAACAAUAUGUCGAUAAAGUAAAAUUAAUGGUAAUGCUUCGCGAUAGCCUCAAUCAAUUCUUCAAAGACAAUCGACAUACAAAAGACAAAUGUCUUAAGAAACUAACUGUGUAUGGAUGGCUACAAAUCGGGAUUGAAUUAAAUAUAUAUGCCAUGGAUUGGAUGGGUUCUGGGAUUUAUAGAUUCGGGAAGUUGGAUAAAUGUUUUUUACCUGUCGAUGAAGACGACUCGAAAAUUCUGGAAGAUGCGUAUUGUAUCUUAAAUUUAUUGGAGACUGACACACAUAUAAAUAGCGAGUCAAAAAACCUGCGCGCAGUUGAAUCUGUAUCAAUGUCACCACAAGUAUUUGCGAAUCGAAAAUUCAAACAAUCAGAUUCCAAAUUACUACUAACUAUAAAACGACGUCCGUUUAUAUUUUUUGGGCUACCAUUUUUAGUUUGUAUCACAGGAGGGUCAUUUGGUCUCUCAUAUUUGACACGCACCAGAUAUGAUUUACACGCACAAAAAGCAUCGAUGCUUGAAAAAGAGGAAGAAUUACGCAUGAAAAAAGAUCGACGAAAAAUCAAUCUUCAGCAAGAAUACUGGUUAUUACAAGCAAAAGAGCCUAGUCUAAAAGACAAUGAUUAUGAAUUUAAACGUGUCCCAAGACCACCUGGUGCUUUUGAUGGGGUGUUGGAAAAAUAA